AUGGCGUUCAUGAAAUAUGACCCUGGGUAUGACUUCUCCAAUAAAGGGAUUGAUUGGGAAGAAUACCAACGUGAAGUCCGUCUCAGAACUGAUGCAGUAUGGGAGCGUCAAAAGCUUAAAGACUAUUUUCGCUUAUUCUACAAGAUUUUCUACUGGGACCCUAAAACAGAGCAAUACUACAUCACUAUGCCUCUGCAUAAAAACUAUAACUCCCCAGAUGGCUGGCGUUUUAAACCUCACCACGGCUACAACCCUACAGGCAAAUCCAAUUCAUACCAGAGAAGCAAAGCUAAAGAAUUCGGCACAAGAACAGUCUCCCUCAGCUACGCUGACACGUUAAGAGACAAAAAUACUGUCUGUUUCUUCCGUUUUAGAGCUUAUAAGAAAUGCGAAGGAAAUACUCUGCUCCCUCAAAUUCUGGAGAAGCCUGGAGAGAAAUUCAACCCAGAAUGCUACCAAGAAAUGCUAGAUAUGGUAGAAUACUGCAGCAAUGUGCAGCUGAACUGGCUUUCUGAUAUGUGGCACCAUAUGAAGAUGAACCAAGAUAAAUCGGUAUUCAGCAAUAAUGAUGAACUGAAAAUGAUGAUUGAUGAAUUCGAUAAUCCAGAUGUGGACGUCAAGACUUACUAA